UCGGAUUUCAGGCAGGAAAUAGUCGAAUAUUUGUUCCUAAAAGUAGAUUCAUUUUAUAUUAGAUUGAAAAUUGUUUUCAAGUCAAUAUGGAAUCUAUCACAGAUUUAGGAAUUUAAUCAUACUAAUAUAAAAAUAAAUGAAGUGAUGACGUCGAAAGAAAACAAUGUAACCUUAAAAGUGCAAAAAGUGUACAGAAACAAACUUUGUCUUAUCAUUGUUUGAGUUUUUAGUAUCUCCGUACUGUGGAUUUUAUUGAUAUGUCACAUUUUGGGGAUUUUAUGGACGGUGUGCCCGUUAAAAUUUCGGAAAAAUACAAGCGACCUCCUAGGAUAGAGCUACCGUAUGGUAUAAACGAGUGUACACAGCGAGCGCAAAAUGUUGUCGACAGUAUCAAAUAUUGCUCCACUUUCGAAGGUAACGUGCUUUCUAAACUUAAAGAGCUCCGAAAUGCAAAGGAGACUAAAAAGAAUGAAAGGAGGCAUCGCUUACAAUUGUUGGAAGAAGCAAAGCAAAAAAAAUUAGAUGCGAUCGCAGCUGCCGAGGCUGAGGAGAAGCUAAAGCAAUUAAGUGUUUCGGAAGUAUCCUAUCCUAGUACUGACGAGAUAAGUGCAAUUUCCUCAGAUGAGAAAGUAGAUAAAAAUUGUGAAACAUCCCCAAUUGAAGAGACAUCCCUGGAAGUUGAUAAAGCUGUAAGCACGGAACCAUACGUGGUUACCACGCAGGAAUCCCAACAGAAUAUCCUGCAGCCUGUUCAGGUCCAGACCAGCUACCAGCAGAGUCUUUUAGAUGAUCCAGAUCCAUUACAGGAAUUAAAAAUGAGUUCAAAAAUUGGUAAAAUACCUCAAUAUAAUCAUAACAUUGAUACACUAACAUUUAGAGAUUUUGAAAAUGACACAUCAAGUCCAUUUGAUAAUAUUGAACUGAAGACUUUAAAUGACAUGGAGAUGUUGGCACAAGUACUGCAAAGAGAUUCAACAUCCAAUUGCCCAGUGCAAGGAGUUUAUAUACCUGAUCAAAAUUAUACAGGUUAUACAAACUGUGCAACACAAGCACAAAUAGAAGGUGUAGCAUAUUUACCUAAUCCUUAUAUGGAACAGACAAUUCAAGGUCCAAAUGCAACAUAUGCAUCUCCACAACACUAUCCUAUAUCCAACGGGUAUUACAUAGCUCCUGAAAAUGCUUGUGAAAAUGUACCAAUGGACAAUAUGAACAUGUACAUGCCAAAUUAUCAGUACUAUGUCCCAGCACAGGCUGGUCCUCCUGAUUUAUGUUACAGUAAUCCUGGACCAACUACGAGUGAACUUACACAAGUUAACAAUGGUUCUACAUUUAUACCGCAUCCUUACUACUUUCACUACCCUCAGCCUCCGAUGCAAUACACAAGUGUAGCAAGUUAUAACACAAAUGAACCAAGAGACCAGCCUGUUGAUGAUCAGACUAUGACAGCUAGCUCACAGAACACAAUGAAGUCUCGUUCCCGGAGUGUACCAGAUAUUGUUAGAGAAUUGAAUGAGGAACUUGCUUCUGCAAAGUUGAGAGCCAGUGAAAGAUCAUGCAAUGCCAGUCCUGCUCCAAAUGUUUCAGCGAAGCCAUCAUCAGUUAGUGAAAAAAAAGAACGGAGAAAAAAGAAAAGCGUUAGACUACCAAAUCCUUAUGAACAAUUUCCGAUAGCAAAGAAAAAAGUUUGUGACAGGAUACAUGCAAUGGGCUUUCCCUUGGAUAGGGUGGCCAGGGUCUGCCUUUUGGUUGGGGAAAAUGAUAAAAGGAUAAUUGAAUGUCUACUUAUUGUUGGUGAAUUGUUGGACCUCGGAUUUCCCGAAGCUGGUGUGUUCAAUGCAUGCUCGAAACACAACUUCGACAAAGAGAAGGCCUUAGACGAACUUGUUUCUACGUAAAGAAAUUUCUAUUUGGACAUGUGGAAUAAAGAUGAAUGGAAUUGCUGAGUCAGUUCCAAGAUUUAUCAGAAAAUUGAAGUAUACACGAGUGAAGAGGAAAUCCACUGAUGUGGUAGAUGCCGAGUCUUGCGCUGUGAAAGUAGGGACUAGUUGGUGAAAAUCAAAUUUUAAAUAUUUUUUGCUAUUUAUUAUUAGCAAAUUUAUUCUUUAUUUUUAUUUUGUCAGUAAAUGAUUUAUUGUUGAGUUAUACUUAGAAUCAAAUAGGUAGAUUGCGAAAAUCGAUUGUCGUUAUCAAUAUGCCUUUCACUGUAAUUUUUUAUUUUAUGACCUGGUAACAUAGACCUUUAGGUCAUUGUCACUGUCAUUGUAAUCCAUUACCAUAGAGUAAAGAGGUGUCAGAAGAGAAGUGCGUUAGCGUGGAUCAUAGAGUACAUAAAGUUUUGUGAUAGAUUUGAGAAAAUGAGGCACUAGAUUAAAGUUAUCUUAUUAAAAUUAUUAGUAAUUUUAAGUAAACUUUGAAUUAAUUUGAGGUCGGUAAAAUCUGUCAAAGCUGUAUUUAACUAUAAGUUUUAUCAAUAUGGAUAUGCUUUUGGUUGUUUAUUUUCCCAUGUUAUGUGAGAAUAACUUGUAAAUUAUAUGGCAUUUAAAUAUAAUAUAUUUCUAUUGCUAAUUGAUAUGCAAAAUAAUGGAUUAACGUGUAAUAGAUGCCUGUAUUGUUAAAUAACAAUAGAUAGUACUGAGCUUCUUAAUACUCUUGAAAAUUAAAUAAAAUUUUAAAACUGGAAUAAGUUAAAUAACGUUUUUGACAAUCACUUUUCUUAAAAAUCAACUAAAAUAACUUUGAUAACGUAUACUAUUGAAUGAUUUCUUAGAAUUUAUUGCAAAAUAACGUAUUUUUAACAAUAAACUGUUUUAAAAUUUUCCACAUUCCACUGAGAAGUUUUGUUAUAAUGUUACAUCACCAUAUUACUGCUAAUUUCAUUAUGAUCAUUGAAAAAAGAAAUGUUUAUGCUUUCGAAUACUGUUGACAAAGAUAAAUAACCUAUAAAUACCGUAUACGGAGCACAAAAGAAAGGGGAGAAAAGACAACUAGAGACCUUUUAGUUGGAUGAAUUUGCGUCUUGCCUAAUAUCUGUUUUUGUAUAAAAUAUACCAUCUAUAGGUUAUUUUUAAAUAGCAUGGCGCGGAUGACGUCACAACUUACCCAAGAACAGUAAAUUACAUUGUAAUCAUUUAUAAACCUAUUGCAUUUCAUGGUUUGAACUUUGGUGUGCCUUCUCUCAAAAUCACAAUUUCCACAUAAAUGUUUAGGUAAGAACUUAAUAAUGUUAGGUUGUAACGUGUUUUCGGAUGUGUGAUUACGUGAUAAUUUAUAUAUGUUGUUAGAUUUUCUCAGAAUUUAGUAUGCUUAAAAUUUCGAAGUAAUACAGAAUGGCAAAUAUUUUAUAUAUUUUAAAAUAAUCUCGAGGUAUAAACUUUGCGGACAUAGAUUAUAAUAUAAAUAAAUAUAAGGAGCUGUGCAAUUAGUUUUAAUUAUUUUAAUUCGUCCAUGGAAUUAUUUCUGCCAGAGUGAUUCCUUAAAAAAUAUAAAAAGUAGCGUUAAAAUGUUUUGGCUAUUUUUAUUGGGUAACACUGUUUAGCCUUACAUCAACCAUAAACAACAUUGUAAAAACUACUCUGUGUAAGUGAAGAGUAAUAAAUAUUUUUUAUCUGUGUCUGUGCUGGUCAUUUUAUUAAAAAAAUAUUUGUGAUAAUUAUAUUGUUGCUGUAAGGCUAAAUAUUAAACAAAUUAAUGAUCUAUACCACGUAUGGAUUUCUCUUUUUUUACAGUUGCUUUCGUGCUUGUCAAAUAAAAUGCUAUAGACGAUAAUUGUUAUUUUUUUACUUUAUCUUUUCAUUAUUCUACCUAAUUGAAAUAAGUAUCUACUUGACAUAAUAUUACCUAACUACAACAAACAGAAACAUGAAACUUUUACUGCAAAAUCUUAAGAGCAAUACUAUUAUUAUUUUGUUCUAAUAUAAAACGUGUCCUGAAGUUAUUGUAUGCCACAAUAAGUUACUUACUGUGGGUUUCUGAGAC